CCAGGACAUACUGGCUACCCUGGGCCCCAGCCUGGCUAUCCAGUCCCACCGGCCGGCUAUUCACCUGCUGGCCCACCUGGCUUUCCUGUCCAAAAUCAGCCAGGAGGAGCAGCAGGCAUACCAUGGAUGCCAGCACCACCACCUCCAUUAAACUGUCCACCUGGAUUGGAAUAUUUAAGUCAGAUAGAUCAGUUACUGGUUCAUCAGCAAAUUGAACUUCUGGAAGUCUUAACAGGUUUUGAAACUAAUAACAAAUAUGAAAUUAAGAACAGCCUCGGACAGAGGGUUUACUUUGCAGCAGAAGAUAAUGAUUUCUGUACCCGAAAUUGCUGUGGGCCAGCUAGACCUUUUACCAUGAAGAUUCUUGAUAAUAUGGGUCGAGAAGUCAUGACACUGAGUAGACCUCUAAGAUGUAGUAGCUGUUGUUGCCCCUGCUGUCUUCAGGAGAUAGAAAUUCAAGCUCCUCCUGGUAUACCAGUAGGUUAUGUUUCUCAGACAUGGCACCCAUGUCUGCCAAAGUUUACAAUUCAAAAUGAGAAAAGAGAGGAUGUACUUAAAAUUAGUGGUCCGUGUAUCGUGUGCAGCUGUUGUUCUGAUGUUGAUUUUGAGAUUAAAUCUCUUGAUGAACAAGCUGUGGUUGGCAAGAUUUCCAAGCACUGGUCUGGCUUUAUAAGAGAGGCGUUUACGGAUUCUGAUAACUUUGGGAUCCAGUUCCCUUUAGACCUUGAUGUUAAGAUGAAAGCUGUGAUGAUGGGUGCCUGUUUCCUCAUUGACUUCAUGUUUUUUGAAAAUACUGGAAACCAGUAGAUAAGUGAAAUUCUCUUCAGAAAAUGUGAAGUCUGCCUGUUGAUUGGGACCAUCUAAACCCACAAUUAUGGAAUUAAGCUGUAAUGUUUGUAGCCCUAGUUGUAUACGUUUGCUUUGCAAAUUAUAUAGUUUAUUUUCUGUAUUACUGAUGUACAGAGGUUUUGAUACAUUUUUGAAUAUUCAUUGUGCAUUUGAGAGAAAGGACAUAGGAGUUUCUACAUUUAUACAUGAAACUUCCUAUUAAAAAACUGCUUUGAAUUAUGAUCUCUGGAUUUAUUUUCAUUUUAAUAAAAUUGAUUAAGGCCUUCUUAAAGUAAUUUUAGUAUGUUAUAUUUUAUCUUAUUAAAUCUAGUUACAAUUUAUUUUAUGCAUAACAGUUCAUGUAAUUUUGCAAACACUUCAUAUUCA